AUGCGUGCUCUCCAAGUUCUGUGGCUCUUUCUUUGGGCCAUAUCGAGUCAACUUGUUUAUGCGACCAGUAAUGGCAACACAACCGAGGUAACAUGGGACGAAUACAGUCUCUCUGUGAAGGGUGAGAGGGUGUUCAUCUUCUCCGGCGAAUUCCAUUACAUGCGGCUACCAGUGCCUGAGAUGUGGCUGGACGUCUUUCAGAAGCUCAGAGCUAGCGGAUUUAACGCGGUUUCUACUUCAGAGGGCACGUUUGACUUUGAAUCGGGCGCUCAUGAUAUCCAGCGAGUCUUCGACUACGCUAAGCAAGCCGGUUUAUACAUCAUUACCCGUCCAGGACCCUAUAUCAACGGCGAAACUUCUGCUGGAGGAUUCGCACUGUGGGCAGCUAACGGUCAAAUGGGAAAGGAGCGGACAAGUGCCACUUCUUACUAUGACUGCUGGUAUCCAUGGAUUGAGAAGGUCGGCGCCAUCAUUGCAGAUAAUCAGAUCACGAACGGUGGACCGGUGAUUUUGAAUCAGAUUGAGAAUGAGCUUCAGGAAACCACUCACUCGGCUACCAACACCCUCGUUCUAUACAUGGAGCAAAUCGAGGCAGCCUUCAGCACCGCUGGCGUUGUUGUUCCCAGCACUUCCAAUGAAAAGGGUAUGCGUGAUAUGAGCUGGUCGACUGACUAUGAAGAUGUUGGCGGUGCCGUCGAUGUGUACGGAUUGGAUUCGUACCCCGGUGGACUUUCUUGUACCAAUCCAGACUCGGGAUUUAAUCUUGUGCGCACUUAUUACCAGUGGUUCCAAAACUACUCAUAUACACAGCCCGAGUUCUUCCCCGAGUUUGAGGGUGGAUGGUUUCAGCCCUGGGGCGGAUACUUCUAUGAUCAAUGUGCCGAGGAACAGUCUCCAGAAUUUGUUGAUGUCUACUACAAGAACAAUAUCGGUUCGAGAGUGACGCUGCAAAACUUAUAUAUGGCCUUUGGUGGUACCAAUUGGGGUCACAGUGCUGCGCCGGUUGUUUAUACUUCUUACGAUUAUGCUGCACCCCUGCGAGAGACUCGUGAGCUUCGCGACAAGAUCAAGCAGACCAAGCUAUUGGGCCUGUUUACUCGUGUGUCAUCUGGUCUGUUGAAGGCCGAUAUGGAAGGGAAUGGCACUGGAUAUACGAGCGAUGAUACCAUCUUCACUUGGGCCCUGCGCAACCCGGACACUCAAGCGGGGUUCUAUGUCGUUGCACACGAUACCAGUUCAUCUCGAGAUGUAACCACCUUCUCUUUGAACGUCAAUACUUCAGCUGGUGCCAUCUCUAUCCCAGAUAUUGUACUUGAUGGUCGGCAAAGCAAAAUCAUUGUGACAGAUUACGCUGUUGGUGACGCUUCAAGUUUGCUCUUCUCAUCAGCGGAGAUUCUCACCUACGCUACCUUGGACGAAGAUGUGAUUGUGUUCUAUAUGACCUCUGGGCAAAAGGGAAUAUUUGCCUUCGUGGAUCCACCGGCACAUCUGACGUUCAAAACCUACGGCACUACCAAUGUGACUUCUGCGACAGUGGAUAAUCGAACAGAGUAUACAUAUAAUCAAGGAGAUGGUUCAACAGUUCUUCAAUUCUCAAAUGGCGUUCUCGUCUAUCUCCUAGAGACGGAAACAGCUUGGAAUUUCUUUGCAGUUCCCACUACAAAAAACCCCAAUGUCUCCCCGAGCGAGCAUAUCUUCGCCCUGGGCCCGUACCUGGUCCGUGAAGCAACAAUUUCUGGGAAAAUCGUCAGUCUGGUUGGCGAUAACGCAAAUACCACCUCUAUCGAAGUGUAUACUGGUGACUCAAAGGUCACUAAAAUUGAAUGGAAUGGGAAGUUGAUUACGACGAAGAAGACCGCCUAUGGCAGUCUCAUCGGCACUGCGCCUGGAGUGGGAUCUGCCAAGAUAUCCCUGCCAGCCUUGAAAUCUUGGAAAUCGCAAGACACCCUUCCCGAGAUACAGGCCGACUACGACGACUCGCGUUGGGUGAUUUGCAAUAAGACUACGACAGUCAAUGCUGUAGUCCCACUCACGCUCCCGGUGCUAUACUCCGGUGACUACGGCUAUCACGCCGGAACAAAGAUUUACCGGGGCAGAUUCAAUGGACUCAACGCCACAGGUGCUAGUGUGACCGUGCAAAACGGCGCCGGGUCUGGCUGGGCCGCUUGGAUGAAUGGAGCCUACGUGGGUGGGGCCCUAGGCGAUCCAGAUCUCGCUUCGACCACCGCGACCCUCACCUUCAACCAAUCCCUCCUUCGCGAAACCGAUAAUGUCUUGACGGUUGUGAUGGAUUAUACCGGCCACGACGAGGCAAGCGUAUCCCCAGAUGGACCUCAGAACCCCCGUGGUAUCCUCGGAGCCACGCUUUCAGGCGCCAACUUCACCUCCUGGCGUAUCCAAGGCAACGCCGGCGGUGAAGCCAAUAUUGAUCCAGUUCGCGGCCCCAUGAACGAAGGUGGGCUGCAUGGAGAGCGCCUUGGCUGGCAUCUCCCAGGUUACACACCGCCUAAAUCUGCAGGUACAGCGAGCCCCCUGGAUGGUGUCUCUGGUGCUCAGGGUCGCUGGUACACCACGACUUUUGAUCUGGAUCUGGAUUCAGACUUGGAUGUCCCGAUUGGUCUGCAGCUUGGCGCGCCCGACAAUACCACGGCCGUAGUUCAAAUCUUCAUGAACGGGUACCAGUUUGGUCAUUAUCUGCCUUACCUAGGUCCACAAACCUUGUUCCCAUUUCCACCUGGUGUAAUCAAUAAUCGGGGAGAAAAUAGCUUGGCGAUCAGUUUGUGGGCGUUAACGGAGGAGGGGGCCCAACUCAAUCAGGUGGAGUUGAGCGCGUAUGGCGCAUACCGCACGGGAUUCAACUUUAACCAGGAUUGGUCGUAUUUGCAGCCGCAGUGGAAGAAUGAUCGAAGCCAAUAUGCAUAG